AUGAUAGAGUUGGGAGGGUGGGUGUUGCGAAAUGGUGAUGUGGAAGAGGCUGGUAUCAAAAUGGGAUCACAUGCGGUCGAUCUCAUGCCGACUGUUCCUUUGUUUCCUAGUGUCCACACGAGUUAUGCGUUUUAUAAACUGACAUUUACUGCCUGGUGUAAUUCGCAUUUGAGAAAAGCUGGUACAAGCAUUGAGCUCAUCGAGGAGGACUUCAGAAAU